AUGUACGAACUGUCGUUCAAGUUCCUCGGCGGUGGCUACCUGAAGCUGAGAGUCAACCGAGAAAUGGUGUUCAUCAAUCCAUACAGCGCGAGCUCCCUAGCUCCUCCCGCGGCUGCUCCGGAAGUGUUCGAGUUCGUUGGCAUCAGGCGCGAUCGCGAGAAGGAGAAAGCGGAACGGCAGGAGAGAAUGACAAAUUCGCGCCGCUCGCCAUCACCCCGCGAGAGUUGGUUUGAGAUGAACCAUCCUAUGGGAUCUUGA